ACACAGCGAUCUCGAGAGAGAGAGAGAGAGCGAGAGAGAGAGAGAGAGAGAGAAAGAGAGACUGACUGACUGGUUGGUGAGCGGUGCGGAGGCUCUCGGCAUUUCAUGAUGGAUCCUGUCUCGUGCAAGGCUGCGGGCAGCGAGGGCUCCGGGAAGCAGCGCGCACUGAAGGCUCCGCGCCUCGCGCUGCUCAUCCCCACCGCCUGCCUCGCGCUGGCUGUGGGCGCCGUGGCGCUCAGCCUCCUGGUGACCUUCAGGAGCCAGGACAUGGAGAGCCGGCUGCUCGCGCUGGAGAAGGACAGGGCAGCGUGCGCCCCAGUGGACACACGGACUCAGGACCGGACAGUACCGGAGCAGUCUGGACCGCCUGUAAUGACGGAGGAGCUGCGCGAGCUGGUGGAAAUAAUCGUGCAAGAAAGGCUGAGCGAAGUGCUGCCGAGAAUCCGCCUGGCGAGAGACCUGACCCAGGAGUGCAACUGUCCCCCAGGCCCUCCAGGGAAGCGUGGGAGAAUAGGCAGACGAGGAGAUCCUGGACCCCCAGGCAAAGCUGGACGGGAUGGUUACCCGGGACCUCUCGGCUUGGACGGUAAACCCGGUCCUCCUGGGGCUAAAGGAAGUCAGGGGCCGGCUGGACCAAAGGGAGAUAAGGGUGACCAGGGAGAAGCCGGGCCAAGGAUGGUCUUUCCUCGCUAUGACCAUGGUUUCAUCUCUGCUGACCAGCCCACCUUCCAGAGACGUAUGCUGAAGGGUGACCAAGGACAGGCUGGUCCACCUGGCCCACCUGGCCCCCCAGGGGCCUCAGGACCGAGAGGUCCUCCUGGGAACACUGGGAAGGAUGGACCCCGAGGACCCCCUGGAGAGCCAGGUGCCCCUGGGCGUGAUGGAAUGGAGGGACCCAGAGGCUUACCAGGAGAUCCGGGUGAAGACGGUCAGUCAGGUUAUCCAGGCCCCCAGGGACCUCCAGGGUUGAAGGGAGAACAGGGUGAACCAGGAUUCAAGGGUGACAGAGGCAUGGAUGGCCUUCCUGGACUGAAGGGUGAUAAAGGAGAUAUUGGGGAAAGUGGGCCUCAGGGAGAGAUGGGUCCUCCUGGGGAGAAAGGUGCAACAGGCUCCAGUGAUGUAAUCGCCUUCAAUGACAAACUCCUAGAUGCUUUUCAGGCAAUCAAAACCAUCAGUGUCUCGGGGCCUGCUGGUCCUCCUGGACCACCCGGACCACCUGGAAAGGAUGGUUCCAAGGGAGAGUUGGGCCUUCCUGGACCAGCUGGACUUGACGGCGAGAAGGGGCAGAAAGGAGAAAUUGGUGACCCAGGUGAUCCUGGAGAGAGAGGAGAGAAAGGAGAAAUGGGGCUUUCUGGUCCAGCUGGAAUGGACGGGCAGAAAGGAGAGAAGGGAGACAGUCGGCUAGAAGACAAUCUGGUUCAAAUGAUUUCUCAACCAGGACCACCAGGGCCUCCAGGUCCCAGAGGACCUCCUGGAUUCAUGGGUCAUCAUGGCAUGCCUGGUCCAAAAGGUGAUCCAGGAGAGAGUAUCAAAGGAGAGAAGGGUGACAGUGGUGCUCCAGGAAUCCAAGGUCCACAUGGCGCUCAAGGACCUCCAGGUCCAGCAGGAUUGGUUGGCCUUCCAGGCUCCAAAGGUGAAAAAGGAAAGCAGGGAGAGCCUGGAUUAGAUGGGUUUCCUGGCCUGGUAGGAGAUAAAGGAGACACAGGAGAGAAAGGAGAAAAGGGUGACCGCGGCUCUGUGGGGAAGAGAGGGCUGAAGGGGCAGAAAGGAGAGCAGGGUCCGCCUGGGUUAGACCAGCCCUGUCCUGUGGGUUCUGCUGGAUGUAAGGGUCAGUCGGGGGAAAGGGGGCAGUCUCGGCCAGAGCCUCCCUGCCCAGUGGGUCCAGAUGGGCUUCCUAUAGCAGGCUGCUGGCACAAGGAGGAAGGGAUGCUCCAGAAACUCAAGCGAAAGCGCCUCUCCCAACCUUGACUCUGCGAACGGAGGAGUUAAACACUCAAUCAGUCACGUCUUCACGACGGAAACUGAAGACCGGCAAACUGCCCUCCAUCAGAAGGGCUAACAGGGGACAUACCAGGCUCUCAUGAUCGUCCACAUUUUCCACUGAGGAUGUUUGACACUAGCUGUUCAACGGCUACAGAAAGGAUGACAAACCUGAGAUUGGCUUCAUUAGCGCAAGCUGACCGUUUGUAACAGUGUCAAAAAGAAUGUCUGGCAUGGAAUUUAUAUUGAAGAGCUAAAUGAUUUUGAGGUUUUCUGAUGAUGUAUCAUUCAUUUCUUGAUCUACUAUUGUUGUUGUGCUUUUUUUCUACUCUCCCUAUGAUUUACAACAAUCUUCAGUAGGCCUGUCACAAUUAUUACAUCAUCGCCAGAUCACAAUUAUUUGGGCUGAGUGCCGUUGUUUUAGCUGACCACCAUUAUUUUCCACAGUUGUAAACUUCCACAAUCAUGUGUUUAUGUUGUAACUGAAACAGGUGUGUUGAACCAAACACAGUCAUAUGUAAAGGUCUGAACACCCCUUAGUAAAAUUAUGUGUGAAAAGAACUUAAAUAUGGCAUUUUUUUCUGCAAGUCUUGGGGCGUUACUGAAUUUAACAUGCUGGAAAAAAUAAAACAUACAUUUUUUGUUUGUUAAACUCAGCAAAUAAACAGU